AUGCUUCACACGGCCUUAUCAUGUUGGCAGCCAUUCCUGGGUCUGGCUGUGGUCUUAAUCUUCAUGGGAUCCACCAUUGGCUGCCCUGCUCGCUGCGAGUGCUCAGCCCAGAACAAAUCUGUUAGCUGCCACCGAAGGAGAUUGAUCGCCAUCCCAGAGGGCAUUCCCAUCGAGACCAAAAUCUUGGACCUCAGCAAGAACAGGCUGAAAAGUGUCAACCCUGAAGAAUUCAUCUCAUACCCUCUGCUGGAGGAGAUAGACUUGAGUGACAACAUCAUCGCCAAUGUGGAGCCAGGAGCAUUUAACAACCUCUUCAACCUGCGUUCCCUCCGCCUGAAGGGCAAUCGCCUGAAGUUGGUCCCUCUGGGGGUCUUCACGGGCCUCGCCAACCUCACCAAGCUUGACAUUAGUGAGAAUAAGAUUGUCAUUUUACUGGACUACAUGUUCCAGGAUUUGCAUAACCUGAAGUCUCUAGAAGUGGGGGAUAAUGAUUUGGUUUAUAUAUCACAUAGGGCCUUCAGUGGGCUGCUUAGCUUGGAGCAGCUCACCCUGGAGAAAUGCAACCUAACAGCGGUACCAACAGAAGCCCUCUCCCAUCUCCGCAGCCUCAUCAGCCUGCAUCUGAAGCAUCUCAAUAUCAACAACAUGCCCGUGUAUGCCUUUAAAAGACUGUUCCACCUGAAACAUCUAGAGAUUGACUAUUGGCCUUUACUGGAUAUGAUGCCUGCCAAUAGCCUCUAUGGUCUCAACCUCACAUCCCUCUCAAUCACCAACACCAACCUGUCCACUGUACCCUUCCUUGCCUUUAAACACCUGGUCUAUCUGACCCACCUUAACCUCUCCUACAAUCCCAUCAGCACUAUCGAAGCAGGCAUGUUCUCGGACCUGAUCCGCCUUCAGGAGCUUCAUAUAGUGGGGGCCCAGCUCCGCACCAUUGAGCCUCACUCCUUCCAAGGGCUCCGCUUCCUUCGUGUGCUCAAUGUGUCUCAGAACCUACUGGAAACUUUGGAAGAGAAUGUCUUCUCCUCCCCUAGGGCUUUGGAGGUCCUGAGUAUUAAUAACAACCCACUGGCCUGUGACUGCCGCCUUCUCUGGAUCCUGCAGCGUCACCCCACCCUGCAGUUCGGUGGCCAGCAGCCCAUGUGUGCUGGCCCAGACACCAUUCGUGAGAGGUCAUUCAAGGAUUUCCAUAGCACUGCCCUUUCUUUUUACUUUACCUGCAAAAAACCCAAAAUCCGUGAAAAGAAGUUGCAGCAUCUGCUAGUGGAUGAGGGGCAGACGGUCCAGCUAGAAUGCAAUGCUGAUGGAGACCCACAGCCUGUGAUUUCCUGGGUGACACCUCGAAGGCGUUUCAUCACCACCAAGUCCAAUGGAAGAGCCACUGUGUUGGGCGAUGGCACCUUGGAAAUCCGUUUUGCCCAGGAUCAAGAUAGCGGGAUGUAUGUUUGCAUCGCUAGCAACGCCGCUGGGAAUGACACCUUCACAGCCUCCUUAACUGUGAAAGGAUUCACUUCAGACCGCUUCCUUUAUGCAAACAGGACCCCUAUGUACAUGACUGACUCCAAUGACACCGUUUCCAAUGGCACCAAUGCCAAUACUUUUUCCCUGGACCUGAAAACAAUACUGGUGUCUACAGCCAUGGGCUGUUUCACAUUCCUGGGAGUGGUUUUAUUUUGUUUUCUCCUCCUUUUUGUGUGGAGCCGAGGGAAAGGCAAACACAAAAACAGCAUUGACCUAGAGUAUGUGCCCCGAAAAAGCAAUGGUGCUGUUGUGGAAGGGGAGGUGGCUGGACCCAGGAGGUUCAACAUGAAAAUGAUUUGAGGGUCGACCACUCCCACUAUUGUUUCCGUGUCAUUGUUGGUAACCGGUAAGAC